GAUAGUUUUUAUGUCAGCUUGACAGAAGCUGGUGGCAUCUGAAAGAAGGGGACAAAAAAUUUUAAGAAUAUGCCUCCAAGGCUGGAGAGAUGGCUCAGCAGUUAAGAGCACGGUCUGCUCUUCCAGAGGUCCUGAGUUCAAAUCUCAGCAACCACAUGGUGGCUCACAACCAUCUAUAAUGGUUUCUGAUGCCCUCUUCUGGUGUAUCUGAAGAGAAACAAGUAUUAUACUUACAUAUAAUAAAUAAGUAAAUCUUUUCUAAAAAAAAGAAAAAGGAAAAAAAAAGAAAAUGUCUCCAAAAGAUCAGCCUGUGGGCAAGCCUGUAGGGCAUUUCCUUUUCUUUCUUUUUCUGUUUUAUUAAUUAGUUAAUUAAUUAUUACAUUAUUGUUAGUAUUAGUAUUAUUAUCAUUUUAGUUAUUUGAGACAAGGUUUCUCUGUAUAGACUGGAACUCACUCUGUAGACCAGGCUAGCCUCAAACUCAGAGAUCUGUCUGCAUCUACCUCCUAAGUGCUAGAUGUAAAGGUAUGCACUACCACUGCACAGCUACUUGGGCAAAAAAAAUUCUUAAUUUGUGAUUGAUGUGGGAGGGCCCAGCCUAUUCUAGGUAGUCCAACCCCUGGACUGGCGGUCCACCUGUAAGGCUGAGCAAGCCAGUAAGCAGCGUCCCUCCACGGCUUCUGCAUCAGCUCCUGCCUCCAGGUUCCUGCCUCAGUGAUGAGCUGAAAAUUUGCACACGUAAACCUUUAACUCCCCACUUGCUUUUUGGUCAUGGUGUUUUGAGGCGAAUCUGCCCAGUGUGGUAUCAAAUUAGAACCAGAGGGACCCCAAAGUAAAUGCCCUGGUUACAUUGUCAAAGACAGAGAAACACGUUGAAGCAGGACUGUGGUGGUGCAGGCCUUUAAUCCCAGCACUCUGGAGGCAGACCUGCGGGUGGAUCUCUGUAAAUUCAGGGCCUGGUCUAUAGAGCCAGUUCCAGGAUAGCCAAGGCUACACAGAGAAACCCUGUCUGAAAAAGUAAAACCAAGCCAAAAAAAAAAAAUUAAAAAAAUUAAACAAAAACAAAACCCAAAGAGAAUAAAGUAAGAAAACCCAUACCAGUAUCUUAGGAAUACAGUGGUUCCCUAAGGCAUCAUUCUAAGAGCAGGUUUCGGAAGCUGUUUUAAUACGUUCGAGUAUUCAUCAAACAACGUCUCAUGAAGAAAACUGAAAAUUUUAACCACGGGGCAGAGGGACAGAGGGACAGAGGCAGGAACAACUGGUUUUUGUGGCUAGAGGCUUUUAAGAAAAGGAAGAAAUAAAGAAAAUUAAAACGAAGAACGUUAAGUUCAGGCCCGCUAGGGUUUUAUCUCAUUCUGAUUCCAAUCUGGAAGGAAGCAAGCCCAGGCUUGGCCCUGAGCCAGGCUGGGAGAUGGAGGGCAGAUCAGGCUCCAUGCACGGUGGCAGCCCCCGGGGAGGUGGCAGGGAGCUGGCCUUGGUGUGGCUCGGCGGGCCCGGGCAGAGUUGUAGCCUGCAGAUGUCCAGCCUUCCAGCCACCAAGUGUUGGGGACCCAAGUAGCACCUGUCGCGUCGACCGGGUCCCCCCCCCCCCCCCCCCCCGGCCACUUCUACUACUGAGCACGCGCUCUGUGCAGGAUCUGUCAUUGGCUCCUGCAACUCUCCAGCCCUGCCUAAGAAGGCUGCAGCUUGCCUGUCCUGCUGAUUGGCCUGGAGGCUUUCAUGCGAGACUCUGAUUGGUCAGUGAGGCUCACGCCCUCUCUCCUUGGGUCAUACCAUAAGGAGAGGAGACGAGGAGAAGAGAGUAUCAUUUCAGGGCUUUUCUGCUGCAUUCUCUUGACCCGCAGUCCACAGUAGCAAUUUUGAUGUUAAAUACAGCUGAUGUUUAUUGACAGAGGGGGAAGGGUACCCGAGGAGGGGCCCCGAAGGAGGUGGACCGGGCGAUGCUGCGCCUCCCGCAGAGGUAGUGCGCUCCGGGCUUGUCUAGUCCAGCCCGGUGGGGCUGACUCUGAGCUUCCCACAGCUGCGCAAGACUGUUAAGAGUCUCCGCGAUGCUGCCGCUGCCGUCGCUCCGCCGAUCCCUGCUGUCCCAUGCCUGGAGGGGCGCUGGGCUACGAUGGAAGCACACCUCCUCUCUGAAGGUGACCAAUGAGCCCAUCUUAGCAUUCUCUCAGGGAAGCCCCGAGCGGGAUGCACUGCAGAAGGCUCUGAAGGACCUGAAGGGCCAGAUGGAAGCCAUCCCCUGCGUUGUCGGGGACGAGGAGGUGUGGACCUCCGAUAUACAGUACCAGUUGUCGCCCUUUAACCAUGCACACAAGGUGGCCAAGUUCUGCUAUGCUGAUAAGGCCUUGCUCAACAGAGCCAUCGAUGCUGCCUUGGCUGCCAGGAAAGAGUGGGACCUGAAGCCCAUGGCAGACCGGGCCCAGGUCUUCCUGAAGGCGGCAGAUAUGCUGAGUGGGCCCCGAAGGGCGGAAGUCCUUGCCAAGACCAUGGUGGGACAGGGCAAGACCGUGAUCCAAGCAGAGAUCGAUGCUGCAGCCGAACUCAUCGACUUCUUCAGGUUCAACGCAAAGUUCGCCGUGGAACUGGAGGGGGAACAGCCCAUCAGUGUGCCACCCAGCACCAACCACACGGUGUACCGGGGACUGGAGGGCUUCGUGGCGGCCAUCUCUCCCUUCAACUUCACCGCGAUUGGAGGCAACCUGGCAGGCGCUCCGGCCUUAAUGGGCAACGUGGUUCUGUGGAAGCCCAGUGACACUGCCAUGCUGGCUAGCUACGCCGUCUACCGCAUCCUCCGGGAGGCCGGCUUGCCCCCCAACAUAAUCCAGUUUGUGCCAGCCGACGGGCCAACCUUCGGGGACACAGUCACCAGCUCAGAGCACCUUUGUGGCAUCAAUUUUACAGGCAGUGUCCCCACCUUCAAACACCUGUGGAGGCAGGUGGCCCAGAACCUGGACCGGUUCCGUACCUUCCCACGCUUGGCUGGAGAGUGUGGCGGGAAGAAUUUCCAUUUUGUGCACAGCUCGGCCGACGUGGACAGCGUGGUGAGCGGGACGCUGCGCUCGGCAUUCGAGUACGGCGGCCAGAAGUGCUCAGCCUGCUCGCGCCUCUACGUGCCGAAGUCGCUGUGGCCGCAGAUCAAAGGGCGACUGCUGGAGGAACACAGCAGGAUCAAAGUGGGGGAUCCUGCAGAGGACUUUGGGACCUUCUUCUCCGCAGUGAUUGAUGCCAAGGCCUUUGCUCGCAUUAAGAAGUGGUUGGAGCAUGCACGUUCCUCGCCCAGCCUCAGCAUCCUGGCAGGGGGCCAGUGUAACGAGUCAGUGGGUUACUACGUGGAACCAUGUAUCAUUGAGAGCAAGGACCCACAGGAACCCAUCAUGAAGGAGGAGAUCUUCGGUCCUGUGUUGACAGUAUAUGUGUACCCAGAUGAUAAAUACAGAGAGACGCUGCAGCUGGUUGACAGCACUACCAGCUAUGGCCUCACGGGGGCAGUGUUCGCCCAGGAUAACCACUCUGUCUGCCGCUGAUGGACGUGCGAGCCCAGGAGGAAGCAUAGACUCUGGGUGUUUGCUGUGCUCUAGUGAAAUGGAUGAGUUAGACUGGAGACCUCCGUUACCCCCCAGCCCCCCAUUACCCCGCUAGUUGUGGCUUGACCCCCUGUGGUCCACCCAGGCCUCCCUGUGACUCCAGAAGGCCAGUGAGCUAACCCCCUUCUCGGGAAAAGCUGAGCCUCAGGGCCCACUCUAGCAUCCUGUUCCUAACGUGGCUGCUUGCCUAGCGGGAGCCAUUGUGGGCUGAAAGAGGGAUUAGAGGCCACACUUGGGGCUGGCGGCCCCCCA